CGAAGGCGUCACGAACCCAACACACCAGGACCCGAGCCAAUCCGGGCGGCGACCAGGACGCGGAGGAGGGUCGAAACCCAGCUGUGGACCGACAGGGGAGAGCGGCCGGAGCGCGUACCGGAUGGCCGGCGGCGGCGGGGAGUAGGACGACGGCGGGGAUCGGCUGCGGCGGCGCGAGGAGGCGGCGGCGGGGGAGGGCGACACCAUGUCUGCGGUAGUCUGUGGCAAGAGGUCCUCCUCCAUCUUCGCCGACGAGCUCCUCCCGCCGUCCCCUCCCUCCCCUCACUCCUCCCACCACCACCACCCGGCGGCCAAGAGGUCCCGCCGCUCCCCGCACCGCGCCUUCGACGGCCGCCGCCGGGAGGCGCUCCUGCAUCAGCUCCUCACCCAUUUCCCCGACAUGGAUCCCCAGUUGCUUGAAAGAGCUCUAGAAGCAUCUGGAGAUGACUUGGAUUCUGCAAUAAAGAGUUUGAAUGAGCUACGCUUGGAGUCAGCAGAGGCUAUCUUGUCAUCUACUGGUUUGAAAUCCGAAAAUGGUCAGCGUACAGCAAUUCACUCAUCUGUUGAAGGUAUUCCCAAUGGUGGUGUGGAUACAGCUACAGAACACCCACCUGCUGUAGAUAAUUACGAGACAAGUAAUAAUGGCUCCGAAUGGGUUGAGCUAUUUGUCAGAGAGAUGACAAAUGCUUCUGACAUAAAUGAUGCACGGGCUCGUGCAUCGAGAGCUCUGGAAGCUUUGGAGAAGUCAAUUGUAGAGCGUGCAGGAGCUGAAGCCACACAAAACUUGCAUACGGAAAACAUGGUGCUUAAGGAGCAAUUGACAGUCGUUCUGAGAGAGAAUGCUGUCUUGAAGCGGGCGGUUGCCAUUCAACAUGAGCGGCAAAAGGAGUUUGAUGAGAGGUCUCAGGAAGUCCAAAGCUUGAAGCAACUUGUUUUGCAGUACCAGGAGCAAGUCAGAACUCUAGAGAUAAACAAUUAUGCUCUCACAAUGCAUCUCAAGCAGGCUCAGCAGAGCAACUCUAUGCCUGGGCGUUAUAAUCCUGAUGUAUUUUAGCUUAAGCUCCAGGACGGCCCCCUGCCAAUUAAUAAUCUAAGAAUUAUUUUACACUAUUGCCCUGGGGAUGGGGGUGUGGGAUAGGUGGAUUAACCACCCAUAGGUCCAAAUUUUUCAUGUUAUGUUGUUUGAAAUGUGUUGCUCAUACAAUUUGCUAUCUAUUAUAUAAUGUUCUUUUCCCUGUUA